UACAGGAAGGGCCACCCUCUGGUGAGUUUUUUUCCUUGAGGUUUCAAUCACACUCUUGUGUACUGACACCUUGUUGCAUUAAGAUUGUGACAGGUAAUGGUGAUGUUAAAAGGUGCAUUAGAGCCCUGAAACUGUUACUAUGGGUGCCUGGAUGUGCUGUUGGAUUUUAUGCAUUUCUUCUGUACUAACUACUCAGUCAUUCUCCUUGACUCAGUCACCGGUACUCACACACGUCUCUGUCGGCAGUUCUGUAGAGUUAAGAUGUAUAUUUGAGCAGCCCAUUACGUACUGCUAUAUCUCUGCUGCAUGGAAAAAAUUGAAUCUGCGGACUGGAAAAUUCAUGACAGUGAAGACUAGCUUUGAGAAUAAUGUCCUUCAGCAUGAUCGUAAAACCUGCGUUUUGACUCUUAAUUACUUAACCAAGAAAGAUUCAGGCAUGUACUAUUGUAUGAGCCAAUUUAACCAAAUGGUUGUCCUCGGCAAUGGGAGCAGGGUGAUCGUAACAGAUCACUCUGAACCAGAACUAUCCAUCUUACACUCAGCACAUGAACCUGACUUACCAUCGGUAUCACUGCAGUGUCUCGUGACUGGACUUGUCCCGUCUCAGGUGCGUGUGUUCUGGAGGAUUGGACAGAAUGAGCUUUCUGGAUGGACCGAGUCCGGCUGGACAGACGACACUGAUUCAGCCACAGAAUUCACACGGGCUCAUCUCUCUGUUCCUGCAGUGGAGUGGGAUGAAGCUGAUAAAAUUCAGUGCUUUGCUGAAUAUAAUGGCAAGAACAUCUCCAAAACUCUGACACGAAGCGGUGCGUAAAUGAUGAAAAUUGCAGAGAAACAUCAGGAAAAAAUUUACACAUUAUUGUCCUCUAUUAUUCUCCUUAUAUCCAGAAUUCUGAAAACAGACCAAUUGUCAAACUAACUACAAACUCUUGAUUCAAAAGGCCAAUUACAGAAAUGUUUUUUUUUUCUUUUUCUUUUGUCAGCCCUUGGUUUUGUGUGUAUAUUACAAACACUUGUCAAAACCUUGACUGAAUAGUUGAAAUUGAUCUGAAUAUUCAGAAUAAUGUUAUUCAUUCUGUUCUACAAAUUAUACUUACAUUUAAAUUUACUAUCUGUUGUUGUGUAAACAAGUGAACAAAUUAAAGCAUUCUCAUAUUCAGACAAGUUACAUUAGGACAAUAUAAAGAUACCUAAAGAUUGAA